AUGACUGUUUCAGCUAAAGGACAUGUUGGGAUUGAGUAUAUGCCCGACUAUGAUCAAUACCUAGCCCGCGUCAAGCGCCGGGAAGAAACAGAGAAGCUCGAGCAGCACCUUCCCAAGGGGUUUCCAUCCCGUCUAUCUGGCGAUCUUGUUUGGGGAGGCAAGGAUUUGGUGGAUCAUUACAACUGGAAUUAUUCCCUGACUGCCGAGGAUCUGGGUGAGAUCGAGCAAGCUCUUCAACACUUUAAAGCACUCGGGAAGCCGAUGGGCGAGCUCACACCAGAGACUUUCCCAUUGCCCAAGUUGAAUGCUGUGUUGCGCGAAAUUUCUAACGAAGUUCACAACGGUCACGGGUUCAAAAUCGUUCGUGGUCUUCCUGUGGACUCAUACACCCGUGAGGACACCGUCAUUAUAUAUGCCGGCCUUUCAUCCCACGUGGCGCCGAUUCGUGGUCGCCAGGACAACAAAUGGCAAGGAAGACCAGCUGAUGUUCUUGUUGCUCAUGUCAAGGACCUGAGUCGCUCUUGCAGGUCUGAGGACAUACCCGGACCAGUGGUAACUGCUGAGCAGCAGGUUUUUCACACCGACUCUGGUGAUGUGAUUGCUUUGUUGUGCCUGGGCGAAAGUGAAUCGGGCGGAGAGAGCUACCUUGCCAGUACCUGCCAUGUCUAUAAUACCCUCGCAGAGACGCGUCCGGAUCUGAUCAAAACUCUCUCCGAACCUUGGCCAUUUGAUGACUUUGCCCCGACUGGUGAUCAGUACAAGCUGCGGCCGCUACUGUACUACCAGCCCGCUACCGAUUCCGAACCGGAGCGACUUAUCAUUCAAUACUCGCGGAGAAACCUAACUGGUUACUGGGAUUGCAAGCGGUCGGCCAACAUCCCACCAUUGAGCGAUGCGCAGGCAGAGGCUCUCGAUGCCAUCCAUUUCACCGCCGAGAAACACGCUAUUUCGCUGGACUUCCACAAAGGCGACAUUCAGUUUGUGAAUAAUUUGAGCAUUUUACACGCGAGAGGAGCAUUUACCGACUCAAUAAAGAAGCAACGCCACCUCCUCCGACUUUGGCUGCGCGAUCCCGAGUAUGAAUGGACGAAGCCCAAGGACCUACAGGAGCGAUUCGAUCGGGUUUAUGCGGGUGUGACGGUUGACAAUUCGGUGUUCCCGCUAGAAGCCACCAUUCGCAGUAGAAAUGUGGCUACUUGA